CACCUGCCUUUGCAGUCGGGCUACUCCUCCCAUGGCCGCUUCUUCCCUCUUCUCUGCUCCUACUCACCCUCCCGCCUCCUCCUUCUCUUAUUGCCGCCGGAUCUCCCGGUCUGCUUCCGUUCUCCUCCCCCACUCCGCUCCUUCGCGUCCUCUUCUCCGUAGUGCCGCACUGAGGCCGCACGCCAACCUCCGGAACUCCCCCGGCGAGACGGCAGCCGAAGAUUCUAGAGCUGGUGUGGCUGUCUACAGGCCAAGAUCUUACAAGGUUCUCCUCUCCGACGCCUCCCGGUCCCUCGUGUCUGCUCUGGAUGAUGGCAAGACCCGUCUGGAGAUUGAUUUCCCGCCCUUGCCAAGCGACAUUUCAUCUUAUAAGGGUAAUUCAGAUGAAUUUAUUGAUGCAAACAUCCAACUUGCACUUGCUAUUGCUAGGAACCUGCAGGAGAUGAAAGAGAUCAGAUCUUGCAUUGUGUUCCCUGACCAACCAGAAAAGCGCAGGGCUUCUAAGUUAUUUCGAGCAGCUCUUGAAACAAUUGGUGGUGUAACCAUUGGGUCAUUAGAUGACAUACCAAGUGGACCUGUCAGAAGCUUCUUCAAAUCCCUAAGGAACACAUUGGAUCUUGAGUUUAGUGAUGAAAUUGAAGGUGAACAGAAGUACAACGAGGCACCACCAUCUUUAUAUAUUUUUAUUAACUGUAGUACACGUGAUCUUUCUGCUAUAGAGAAAUAUGUGGAAAAGUUUGCUACAACUGUUCCAGCUCUUCUUUUUAAUCUCGAACUUGAUACAUUACGUUCUGAUUUAGGCCUUCUAGGUUUCCCAACCAAGGAUCUUCAUUAUAGAUUUCUUUCUCAGUUUGUUCCUGUGUUCUAUAUUCGAACUAGAGAGUACUCAAAGGUAUGUGUCAGAUUAUUAGUUAAUUUUGCGCAAAUUCUGGAAGCUAUAUUAGUAUGUAUAUAUUUUACGUUGAAGACAGUUCCAGUUGCCCCUUUCCUAGUGAAUUACAGUGGAGCUCUAUUCCGUCAAUAUCCAGGACCUUGGCAAGUGAUGCUCAAGCAAACUGAAGGCUCCUAUGCUUGUGUAGCAGAAAGUGCUACUCGUUUCACUUUGGGAGAGACUAAGGAAGAACUUCUGAGGGUUCUUGGUCUACAAGAGGAACAAGGGAGCUCAUUGGAAUUUCUGAGAAGGGGCUUCAAGAAUGCAACCUGGUGGGAAGAGGACAUUGAUUUGGAGCUGUCUUCUGCCUGGCGAAGUUGAAGACAAGUUCCAGCAGAUGCUAUGUUAUCAUUAUUUAUUUUUGGUUAGUUCUUUCAAAAGUGGUUUUUGUUUUUCGCCUGUCCUUACAAAGUUCAAAGAGCAAAUGGUUGUUACUUGAGGGUUAGUGAUCUAUCUCGAUUAUUGUUGUUUAUCAAGUUCGAAUAAGUGAAACAUCAUGAUGAUAGUGCUUAUAAAAUCUGCAAUGGAUUAAUGUA